GUAUUUAACCCUAAAUAAUACAGCACUCUCGAUAGACUUUAGUACAGUCGAAGUGACGCCGCGGCAUACAAACUUUAAUGAAAACCUAAACAAAUUGUUGUCCGCUUGCCGAACAACAAAAACGACAGGAAAAAAGAUUAUAAAAAUAAAACAAAGUGCCGAUUGUCAAUUGCUUCAAACUGUGCUCGACUCAAAAUAAAUGUGGUAGUGAAUGCAGGCGGUUUUAAAGAGAAAAAAAUUUUAAAAGAGAUACUAGAAUAAUAGCCAGCGAGAUCCACAUAGAAACACACAAAAACAGACACAUUGCACACACUCGUAUAUAAUGAACAAUCAACUCAACCCGGCCACCUACCGCAAAUUCAAUAAUUUGCUCAGCAGCGGCGCAGUCACCGUCACCGGUCCCGGUCAGCCACGCAUAUUGAAGACGACGCGUCUGGCGACGCCCGCAUCGAACGUCGCAGCGCAGCAGCAGCAAAGCAUGAUGGACUCGGAUGCAGCUGCACGUUGUUACAUCUGUGACGAGCCACUGUUGGCCAGUCAGACUCAGACAUCGCUAACUGAUAUGUGCACCACGCACACCUCCACCAAAUUUCCGAAUAAGCUGGCCCAGCUGGUGGGUGAGGGCUUCUUGGUGAUUGUGUGCAAUGAGGAUUUCGUUUGUUCGCGCUGCACUAAUCUGGUCAACUACUUUGAUCGCUUGGAGAAUGACGUAGAGCGUGUAAAGUCGAAUCUUUUAAACUUGCUUAAUAAAAAGUAUGGCAUCAACGAGGACAGUGGCGGCAGUCAUGCAGACGCCGCUAGUCCUCCGCUCAAGAUGCAAAAGCUAGCCGGGGGCGUAGGCAAUCGCUCUAUGGAGGAGUCUGGAGGCGGGGAAGUGUUGCGCACACGUAAACUUGUGCAGCAGACGACGCCAGUCUCGCAGCAGCUGAAGCUGGCCACAGGUUCACAAGGCACUGUAGGUGGCACACAGACUGCAGUACAGCGUAAGGCAACAAAGAUUUACAAGUGCACCUCGUGCGAUUACAAGACCUCGGACAUGCGUCUGUUUAACACUCACUACGAGACCUGCAAACAGCAGACGUUCCAGUGCAAGACCUGCCGCAAGAUCUUCCCACAUUUUGGUGCCAUGAAGCAGCACAUGGUCCGGGAUCAUAAUACGGCCAUGGACAACACGUGCGCGAUGUGCCACAUCAAUUUCGUUAACGAGGCCAGCCUGCGCAAGCACAUGGAAACCAAUCAUGCUACAAAUGUGCUGGUCACUAGCACCACAACCAUACCAGCAGCUGCAGCACCUGUUACAGCGGCAGCUGCUGCUGCUGCAGCAGCAGCUGGCGUCACUGAAUCCAUUGGCGCAUCCGGCUCAGCUCUGUACACAUGUAAUCACUGUCAGUUCAAGUCGACCGACAAGGGCGUCUUUGAUGAACACAUGCGCAAACAUGUCAGCGGCAAGCCGAAGCCCUUCAAGUGUCGUCUCUGUUCGCAGCGCUUCGAAACGCGUGAGGCGGCCACCAUUCAUGCCAAGCAGCAUCAGACGAACUACUUCAAGUGUGGUCAGUGCGCCAUGACGUUCCCCAAGCGUGAGCUGCUGGUCAAGCAUGUUGAGCUGCAUCAGGCUGAGAAGCUGAAUGCUGCAAGCGGUGGCAGCCAGAACUUGAACACACAAAAGCUGCUGCAGGAGACGAUUGAUGAGGCGCUCAGCGAUAGCGUGCCGGCUCAGGCAGGCGCCACUGUUGUGGCCAACGCUGCUGAGGCUGAGAAUAACAUACGUUUCUUCUCAUGCAGCAUCUGCUCGCUGACCUUCAUCCAGGAGACGUACUACAAUCACCACAUGGAGACGCAUAGGCGCGAUAAGAAGGGCUCAGCUGCUGGCGGUGGCGGUACCACAGCCCUCAACUCGGCAGCCACAGCGCUGCUCAGCGAUGAGCCUGGAGAUGCGGGCGCUGGCGCCAAGGAGGAACUCAACGAGCAGAAUGCCGAGGCGGAUAUUGAGAGUCUGUUCGAGAAAUUGCAUUCGGAUAAGAACGAUAGCGAGAAGACCGGCAAGAAUGAAAUGGUCAUCACCUCGCAGGAGGGCAGCGGUGGCAUCACCUUCAACAUAACCAUACCACAAGUGGAUGCCAGCGGCGAGCAGGCAGAGAAGCAUUCGCCAAACUCGCAGGCACCCGUUUCGGUGAGCAUUGACAUGCCUGUGCUUGACCAAGCCGAGGAAGACGAGUCACAAUCCCAAAGCAGCAACGACAACAAAGCAGCCGAAGCCAGAGAUGGCGGCAAGUCGAAUGCAGCGCCUGUUUCGAUGCCCAGCCUAGACGAUGAUAAUGAGGCAGCGGCAGCCAAUGCAGCGGACACAACUGACGGCAAUACGGCCAGCAGUGGCAAGGCGAACGAGAAGGUCGGUGUCAAGGCAGACCAAUCAGCAGCUAAAGACAAGUCCAAGGAGGCCGAACAAUCUGGCGACGCGGAGGGCGACGCAGAGAAGCGCGAAGCCAAUGAAACACCAACGGCCGAGCAAGCAGCUGAUUCGGAGGCAGCGGCCAACGAAGCUGCCGAGGCUGAGGCAGCUGCCACAGCUGAAGGCGAGGCAGCUGAAGGAUCCGCAGGCGAACAACAGGUGGCCAUGGAGUUGGAUGAGGCCAUGCAGGCUCAGGUCGAUGGCGGCCAGAUUAAGUUCAUUGUCAAUGAGAACGGACACUUGCUGCAGCUGGACAACCACAUACUAACCGAUGCCGAUGGCAAUCAGAUCAUAGUACAAGAUCCAGAGCAAAUCCAGCAAUUGCUGCAAAGCGUGGGCGUCCUACAAUCGGGUGAAGGUCUCGAGGGCGAAACUUUGCAAAUGAUGACCGACGGAAGUGGCCAGAUGGUGCUCGUCCAUGGCGACAACAAUGAGCAGCAGCUGAUCGACGCCUCGCUCCUUAAUUCCGAGGGCCAAAUAAUAAUACAGCAAGGACAGGAUGGUGAGGAGGGACCGCAUGUCAUCAGCGAGGAUGGCACACGCAUACCAGUCUCCGUCUCUUACAAUGAGGAAGGCCAGCCCGUUAUCCAGGUGCAACAGCAGGUGCUGGAGGCAGCGCAAGCGGGCGCCGAUGAAAAGGAAGCCGCAGCUGCAGGCCAGGAGGAGGCUGCCGAGGAGGCGCAAACAAGCGAAACGGUGACAGUGACCACCGCAGCUGCUGCGGUUACCACCAGCACAGCCAGUAGUAGCACCGGUGGCACCGCUGGCUUCUUUGCGCUGGAAGAGUUCGCCGAGACGAAAACGGACUAGGAUUGGCUCUAGGAGCGGGGCCGUCAACACUACACAAUUCUGGCAUGCGAUGAGGACUGGUUUUAACAGAUAUAGACCAAAACAGUUGCUAAAUCGAGCUCUGACAGAACUCUCGGCACAGUACCCCAAAUAUACAGACUCCCACACAACACUCACAUCCGCAUUUUAAAUACGCAUCCUCACACAUACACACACACUUACACGUUUAUACAUACAUUUAGCUUAUGUAUUAACACUCCAGUUGACAACAUCAACAACAACAACAACAUCUGUAAUCAAGAUCGAAUCACUUCACAAUUGCUGCCGAAGCUCAUUUUUAUUGGCCCUGGCAACUGGAAUUGGCAAUUGUUUUUUUGCUGGAAUUCGCAGAGAACGUUUUAGGCUUAGUUUUAGCAUAGGCAACAACAACAACAACAACAACAAAAUACAAAACAAACUAUAAAAUGUAAAAAAAAACAACAAAAAAAGAAACAGUUCAUAGAUGAUUACAACAGAAGCUUGAAUUAUUAUAAUAAAUAUACAAAACAAAACAAAAACAA